AUGAUAUCAGCAAUUUCUUGGGUGCCCAGAGGAGUUUCAAAGCCAGUUCCCUCAGUCGCCGACCCGCCCACCAAAGAGGAAAUCGAUGAGUUAAUCAAAACCGGUGCUUUGGAGAGAAGUGAAGAUGGUGAAAGUGAGGACGGUGAUGGAGAAAUGGAUGUUGAAACCCCCAAGAAGGGUGAUCAAAUCUCCCAAGCAUUAGAGGUAGCAAAAGCACUCGGCAAAGCUUCUAAAGUUACAGAGUCAGGGACCAAAUUUGAUGAUAUAACCGAAGGAUUGAGGGAACUUGACAUGGAACAUUAUGAUGAUGAGGAGGAUGGCAUUGACCCGUUUAGUAGUGGGCUUGGAGACCUUUACUACCCUAGUAAUGAUAUGGAUCCAUAUCUCAAGGACAAGGAUGAUGAUGAGGAGUCGGAAGACAGUGAUGACAUGACCAUUAACCCGACUGAUUCAGUCAUAGUCUGCGCCCGCAAUGAGGAUGAUGUCAGCCAGCUUGAGAUUUGGCUGUAUGUCGAAUCAGAAGAUGGUGAAUCAAAUGUUUAUGUGCACCAUGAUGUCAUCAUUUCAUCGUUCCCCCUUUGCACAGCAUGGCUUGAUUGUCCUCUCAAAGGUGGAGACAAAGGGAAUUUCAUAGCUGUUGGUUUAAUGGAUGAACCUUCCAUUGAGAUUUGGGAUCUUGACAUUAUUGAUGAAGUACAACCAUGUGUGGUAUUGGGCGGUAUUGCUGAGAUGAAGAAAAAGAAAGGAAAGAAGGCAUCAAUCAAAUACAAAGAAGGCAGUCACAGAGAUUCAGUUCUUGGGCUUGCUUGGAAUAAGUUCUACAGAAAUGUACUUGCUAGUGCAAGUGCUGACAAACAAGUUAAGAUUUGGGAUGUGGCUACCGGAAAAUGUACUAUUACCAUGGAGCAUCAUAAAGACAAGGUUCAGGCAGUUGCAUGGAAUCAUUUUGCCCAUCAAGUUCUUCUUAGUGGAUCUUUUGAUCGUUCAGUAGUCUUGAAAGAUGGGAGGGCGUCAUCACAUUCUGGCUAUAAAUGGACAGUCACAGCUGAUGUAGAAAGCUUAGCAUGGGAUCCACACACUGAGCAUUCAUUUGUGGUGAGCCUUGAAGACGGCACAGUCAAAGGUUUUGAUAUUCGGGCUGCCACAUCUUCUUCUACUUCUGAGUCUAAACCUAGUUUUACUCUUCAUGCACACGACAAAGCUGUUUGCGCAAUCUCCUAUAACCCCUCAGCACCUAAUCUUCUUGCAACUGGAUCCACGGACAAAAUGGUAAAGCUUUGGGAUGUGUCAAACAACCAACCCUCAUGCAUUUCAUCCAGGAACCCUAAAGCUGGAGCUGUGUUUUCUGUUUCGUUCUCGGAAGAUAACCCAUUUUUGCUUGCCAUAGGAGGCUCAAAAGGGACUCUGGAAGUAUGGGAUACAUCAUACGAUGCUGCAGUUGCCCAAAGAUUUGGGAGUUACAUCAAGAAGAGCAGAACCCCACCUGGGUCUUGA